UGUGUAAUGAUGGGAAGUUCGGCUCUUUUCUGAGAGCCGGCUCUUUUGACUCGGCUCCCAAAGAAGAGCCGGCUCUUUCGACUCCCGAACGGCUCUUUAUUUAGGAUCUUUUGUAGCCUAUAUUUUACCUUAACUUUGAAAAAAAAUCAUGGUUUAUGUGUUGAAAACCCCUUUUGCUUUCAGUGUUUUUAUGAGAGACCUUAUAAUGCCUAAUUCUGUGCAUUUAUUCUGUGACAAAACCACUCUUACAUUUGUUUAUUUCAAUUAAACUUUUUUAUUGCACAAAUUAACAAUAAACUUCAAACAAAUCCACAGAACAGAAUCAAAACCAGAACCAAACUCCAGCAAACAGCAUUAGUCCUCAGGGCAGGUUGGCAUUCAGGAAGAUCAGAUGCCUCAGCUUGGAUGGGCUGAUAGGCCUGAUACGAUUUCGCCUCUCCGUGAGUAUCUGCCCUGUUUUGGAGAAGAUUCUCUCAGAAGGAACUGAUGUGGCAACAAUACAUAGUCUCCCCUCCAUCACAUCAGUUGCAGUAGGAGAGGUUAUACUUGCACGCAUGGGGAUGGCAGUAGACGUUACAGCAGCUGUUGUUCUGGUAUGAGACACACCAGGAUCAGUAGAUGGUGAGCUGGCUUGCCCUCUCUCCUCUAACUGCACUGUAGGAUGGACAGUUCUUGUAUGUCUAUGCAGGUUUGUGGUGGAACCUGCUCUUAUAGUGACCUUCGUUUUGCAGUGAAGGCACUCUGCUUUCUUGUUCCCAAUAUCUUUAAACUGCAGCCAGAUGCUGCUUCGCUUUCUAGUGUCACUCAUAGUUAAACGACACGACAAUGCAAGACGCACACACGCUCCUCAGUCCGCUCUGUCUCUCUCUUCACUUGCAGUGGAGUCAAGUGGUGUGUCUGCCCCGCCCCCUCUCUGUUUACACAUCCUUAAUUCUCACGUGAAUGCCGCAUGCUGGUCGCCAUGCUGGCCAAUCAUAACAGACCUCUGUGAAAGUGAAACCUAAGCAGCGAAUGGGCAAAAAACUGGGAGCCGGCUCUCACUCGAUGCGAGCCGGCUCUUCUGAUUCACUACAAAGAGCCGGCUCUCAGAGCCGAUGCUUGUGCGCAUGACCCAUCACUAAUGUUGUGUAAUUUCGCGUUUUAUGUAACAGGAUGCCAGUAGAAGGUAGUGAGGACCAGGUUCCUCCCCUCUCCAGCCCGGCGAGUGCUGCUCUCACCUCGGGAGGAAUGGACGAGGAUGGGGCCAACAGAGGAACCGCUGGACGCUCAAUCUCCAUCACUGGGACCAGCCAGGGGGACACUGAGCAGCCUGCCAUGGCCUGCCCAGAUAGCACUGGAUCUGGGGAGGGCAGCAGUGGCAGUAAGAAGUCUGGAGCCCUGCUACACAUUGACCGCCAGCGUAUCCAGGCUGUGAGUGCCAGCUCCGGGGCUGAAGAGCUGCAGGGUCUGGGCGUCGCUGUGUACGACCAGGAUGUGUUGGAGCAGGGGGUCUUGCAGCAGGUGGACCAGGCCAUACAGGAGGCCAGCCAGGCUGCAGCCAAGGCUGAGGCAGGGACGGAGUACCAGUCUGUACUGGACGAUGUGAGGUCGUGUAUGGCAGCUCUGAAGCACAUUAAUAAGAUCAUAGAGCAGCUGACUCCCUACGCUGACUCCAGUAAAGACAUUAACAGGAAGAUUGAGUCUGUCAGACGGCAGAAGGAGAACAAGGAGAAGCAGUUGAAGAAGAUCAGAGCAAAGCAGAGGAGACUACAGGCCAUCCUGGGGGGAGAGGACACACAGAAGAUAGAGGCUGAGAUACUGCUGGAGGACGAAGGGGACGAAGAGCCCGGCCCAUCUACUCUGGGCAGUAUGCUAAUGCCGGCCCAGGAGACGGAGUGGGAGGAGCUAAUCCGGACGGGUCACAUGACGCCGUUUGGAACGAGGGUCCCUCGGAAGGAGGAGAAGAAGGAACCACGCAAGUUCAUGCUGUCUGAAAACUCUGGCUUCGACGCUUACCUGGCGGACCAAGCUAAGAUGGCGGUGGACAGGAAGAGACCUGCACCCCUGAAGCAGAAGAAGAAGACUGCUGUGGGCGAGGGAGGAAAAAAGACCAACGGAGCGGCUCUCCCCUCCAACUCUGUGGAUAAGAAGCUCCAGAAGCGAAUGCGUAAGCUGCAGAGGACCGCUCUGAAGGCCCACCCUAAGGCCCAGGCUAAGAGGGUCAUGCUGAUCCCCAAGCCGAGGAGGAAGCAUCAAGCUGGGGGAGAUGAGACGGACAGCGAGGGGUCUGAGUACCUGCCCAGUGAUGAUCUGAUGGACCCCGAGAGAGAAGAGAGGGAGGACCGAGAUGAGGGCUGGGGAGAGGAGGAUGAGGUGGAGUACUAUGAGUUGAAGCCCUACAGGAAGAAGAGUGAAGGAAAAGGGGGGAAGAAGGGGAAAAGGGGAGAGCGUGACGAGGAGGAGUAUUACCCCGACAGCUCAGACGAAGACGAGGGUUCAGGGAAAAAGGGAAAAGAGAAGAUGAACAAAGACGAUGGAGAUGUGGAGUUCUACAAACAGAGGAUACGGAGGUGGAGGAGGCAGCGGCUGAGAGAGAGGGAGGAGAAAAGAGAGAGAGGAGAGGAGGAGAGUGACGAGAGUGAUGCUGAGUUUGAUGAAGGAUUCAAGGUGCCUGGAUUCCUCUGGAAUAAACUCUUCAAGUACCAGCAGACAGGUGUGAGGUGGCUGUGGGAGCUACACUGCCAGCAGGCAGGGGGGAUCCUGGGGGAUGAGAUGGGUCUGGGUAAAACCAUCCAAGUCAUCGCAUUCCUGGCUGGCCUCAGCUACAGCAAACUACGCACACGAGGUUCCAACUACAGGUACCAAGGACUGGGUCCUACAGUGAUAGUGUGUCCAGCUACUGUCAUGCACCAGUGGGUCAGUGAGUUUCACACCUGGUGGCCCCCAUUCAGAGUGGCUGUCCUACACGACACGGGAUCCUUCACCCAAACAAAGGAGAAGUUGAUAUCAGAGAUGGCAGCAUGUCAUGGUGUCUUGAUAACGUCGUAUUCAGCCGUGAGGAUCAUGCAGGAGACCCUGCAGAGAUACGACGGCUGGCACUACGUUAUACUGGACGAGGGACACAAGAUCCGCAACCCUCACGCUGGAGUUACCACUGCCUGCAAGCAGUUCCGUACUCCUCAUAGGUUCAUUCUAUCUGGCAGUCCUAUGCAGAACAACCUGAAGGAGCUGUGGAGUCUAUUUGACUUUGUCUUCCCUGGCAAACUGGGCACGCUGCCUAUUUUUAUGGAACAGUUUUCUGUACCCAUCACGAUGGGGGGCUACAGCAACGCUUCACCUGUACAGGUCCAGACAGCUUAUAAGUGUGCGUGUGUUCUGAGGGAUACCAUUAACCCUUACCUGCUCAGACGGAUGAAGGCUGACGUGAAGGCCAACCUCUCUUUACCUGACAAGAAUGAACAGGUUUUGUUUUGCAGGCUAACAGAGGAACAGCGUGAGGUGUAUCAGGGCUUUCUGGACUCCAAAGAGGUCUACCAAAUACUGAAUGGAGAUAUGCAGGUGUUCUCGGGCCUGAUAGCGCUGCGUAAGAUGUGUAACCACCCGGACCUGUUCUCUGGAGGUCCCAAGAUCCUGAAGGGUAUACCAGAGGACCAACUGACUGAAGAGGAACACUUUGGCUUCUGGAAACGCUCCGGCAAACUGAUGGUGGUGGAAUCACUGCUCCGACUUUGGUUUAAACAGCAACACAGAGUCCUGCUGUUCACACAGUCCAGACAGAUGUUGGGGAUAUUGGAGGUGUUUGUGAGGGAGAAUGGCUACACCUAUGUGAAGAUGGAUGGUACCACCACCAUCGCCUCCAGACAGCCUCUCAUCGCUCGAUACAACGAAGACAAGUCUAUCUUUGUGUUCUUGUUGACCACAAGAGUGGGGGGGCUGGGAGUCAACCUGACCGGAGCUAACAGAGUCAUCAUCUAUGACCCCGACUGGAACCCUAGCACUGAUACACAGGCUCGAGAGCGAGCUUGGAGGAUUGGUCAGAAAAAGGAGGUGACUGUCUACAGACUACUGACCGCUGGGACCAUCGAGGAGAAGAUCUACCACAGGCAAAUCUUCAAACAGUUCCUGACCAACCGCAUUCUGAAGGACCCCAAACAGCGACGCUUCUUCAAGUCCAACGACAUCUACGAGCUGUUUACCUUAUCUAACCCUGACGGGACGCAGGGCACAGAGACCAGCGCUAUAUUCGCAGGUACGGGUUCUGAUGUCCAAGCUCCUAAGAAACCAGUCAGACCAAGGUCUAACCACAUACACUCUGUAACCAAUCACAAUGUUAGCUCCACUGGAGGUGGAACCAUCCCUUCCCCAUCGCCCCGGCCUGGAGACAGGACCACCCCCCUUCGCAGUAACAUCUCUCUCGAUAGGAACAACAGGCUGACGGACAGCCAGGAAGCCAACCAGGGCGAGGCAAGGGAGGGACCAGAUAUUCCUAUUGACCAGUCCAAGACAGACUGUGACACACAGCACUCUAGGGAGGAGGGAAGCAACGCUCAUAUACACACAGACCCCGACAGAGACACAAACUCCAAUCUGCCCCACAAACACAGAGAACAUUCACACACUAACUCCCCCAGUCCCAGCACACAGAAGCACAGAGAAAAAAAACACAGUUCACACAAACACAGAGACUCUCAAGGACCCGGCUCCAGUCCCUACAAACACAGGGAGAAGAGGAAGCACUGUGACUCGACAGCAGAAGGACCUAAAAACAAACACGGGAAACAGAAACAGGCCAAGGUCGAGGGUCAUCGCAUCUCCUACCUGGUGAAGAAGAGGAGCUACAAAGGACAGGAGGAGCGCGAGGAGCAGCCGGAAAAACAGGACCAGAGACAGAGCGACGACUAUGUACUGGCCAAACUCUUCAAGAAGUCGGGUAUCCACAGUGUGAUGCAGCAUGACUCCAUCAUGGAGGCGUCUAACCCAGACUUUGUCCUGGUGGAAGCUGAAGCUAACAGAGUAGCUAAAGACGCUUUGAAAGCUCUGAAGGUCUCCAGGCAACACUGUAGACUGCCCUACAACCGACCUGCCCCAGCUCCAACCAGGAAGAGGUUUGGUCAGAAGAAGAAUCCUUUGCUGUCUGCUCCUCCUUCUACAGCUGCCCCAGCUCAGGACAAAUGCAAGGAUGCUUCCAUCAUCAAGAAAACCAUUGCCAGGAAACCCAUCCCAGGGGGUCACUUCAGUGGAGAAGGGGUAGAGGUGGGCGGAUCUUCCUCCGCUCUGCUGGCCCGCAUGAAAGCUAGGAACCACCUCAGCCUGCCCCAGAGAGAAGGGGAUGGAGGAGGAGAGGAAGAGGAAGAGGAGGAGGGGGGGCAUACCACCUCGGGCACUCCUGCCCCCCCUACGGAACACGAUGAGCUCCUGGUGGAGCUGAGGAACUUUGUGGCAUUCCAGGGAGCUGUGGAUGGACAAGCCAGCACCAAGGAGGUCCUGGACCACUUCACCCCCAGACUGAACCAGACCCAGACCCCUGUCUUCAGAGAACUACUCCGAAACAUCUGUAACUUCCACAGGGCAGAGGGGCAGGAGGGGACGUGGAGACUUAAACCUGACUACAGAUAAUGGGAGUAGGGAGAAGGGGAGAGGAGACUCACAUCUGACUACCUGUACUGUGAGGAAGAGAGGAAAAAGGAGUGUAAAGAGGGUGAGGCAGAGGAGGAGAAGUGUGUGUUGAUGGAGCAAGAGAGGAACUUGAGACAAAAAAAAAUGUCACCUUGCGGAGAGAACAGAGAGGGAGGAGAGGGGGACCUGAGUUACUGUAGUAGUUGUUGGGUUGGGGGGGGUUGGGUUGGUGCUAUUAAUGUCCACUGGUGGAAUUCCAGAAAUUUUUUGUUUAUUUGUUUGUUUAGUUGUUUGUACCUGGGAUCUACUUGAAUUCAGACAUUUUACAUGUAAUUGAAGUUGUAACAGAAAUUGAUUACCGUUCUCGUGGCAGCAGGAUAUUAUGCUGGCAGCGCGAUCGCAGAUUUUUUAAAUUCAAAAUAAGAGUCCCCUUACAAAGACAUGCUAAACUUUGGGAAUAUCGCUUUAUUUUUUGCACUCUAGUGCAGUACAACUGUUUUUCACAGCAUUGCAACCACAUUUAAGAAGAUGUCUUAGUCCACCGCAUCCACCGAUGUUGCACUUCCACAUGAAAGGUGUGCAGAGCUAGAGCGGUGUUUGUCAGACCAUGAGACAUCCCGAAAAUCGGUCUUCUCACUAAAAUGUCUGUAGCGUC